UGACUGACCCCCACCUCUUCACUUUCUUUUUUCUUCUCUCUCCUCUUUUGCUUUUUCGGCCUCCCAUAGCAUCUUAGUUCUUUUAUUCCACCUAAAAGUAGAUAAUUAAAUUGACUCCAACAUAUGAGAGAGAAAGAGAGAUCCCAUCUAGCAUAUAUCAGUUCAUGUUGUUUUAGGGUUGGAACCAUAUAAUUAAUAAGGCUACCUAAGCUACCCCAUUCCUUCUACUCUUCUCCUAAUUCAAACACACUAUACUUCCUCCCACCUUAGUCAAGCUUUAACAACUGUUUUCCAACCUGAGUCAAACUUAGGAUUGAAGAAACACCUUAGCACUAAGAUGUUAGAAAAGAUGGAUGAUGGAGAAAUCUCAAAUGUUUUCCCCCACCAGAACCCUUCAAUUGCUGCAUCUAACAAUCAUGACCAGCCUCCUAUCUUGAAGAGGAAGAGAAAUCUCCCUGGAAAUCCAGAUCCUGACGCAGAAGUCAUAACCCUAUCCCCAAAGACUCUGAUGGCCACAAACAGAUUCGUGUGUGAGAUUUGUCUCAAGGGUUUUCAAAGGGACCAAAACCUUCAACUCCAUCGCCGAGGUCACAACCUUCCUUGGAAGUUGAAGCAAAGAACAAGCAAAGAAGUAAGGAAGCGAGUUUAUGUGUGUCCAGAGAAGACAUGUGUCCACCACCACCCUUCAAGAGCUCUGGGGGACCUAACUGGGAUAAAGAAGCACUUCUGCAGAAAGCACGGUGAGAAGAAGUGGAGGUGUGAGAAGUGCUCAAAGCGUUAUGCUGUGCAGUCAGAUUGGAAAGCACACUCAAAAACAUGUGGCACCAGAGAAUACAAAUGUGACUGUGGCACUAUCUUCUCACGGAGGGAUAGCUUCAUCACUCACAGGGCCUUCUGCGAUGCCUUAGCAGAACAAACAGCUAGGGUGAACGCAGCAUCAAACAUUAGCAACUACAGCAUCAUGCAAAAUCCCGUAGGUUCUGACAUGGCAACCCAUUUUUCAUCAUUUUUCAAGCCAAAUUCAUGCCCUGAUCAGGAGCCAGCACCAGGUAACCAAACAUCUAAUAAGGGUCUAUCCCUUUGGAUGACUCAAACAUCUCAGGCUCAUCAUGAGACAAUGGUUAACAACAAUAAUUUGCAUGAAUUUUAUCAACUUGGGUCUGUUACAAGCCCAACAGCAAUUUAUGGUACUAGUGGCAAUCCACUUGCUUCAUGCUCGAAUCCACCGCCCUCUAAUUACCAGCUAAAUUGGGUGCUUGGAAAUAAACUCUCCACCAAUGGAAGCCAUCAAGAGCUAACUAGCACUGCUUCACUUCCACUAGUCAAUAACAUUGUUAAGGAUAACCCAAACCUUCAACUCAUAAGUGUCCCUUCCUUGUAUAGCUCACAACACCAAUCCCACCAAACAACCUCAGCAAACAUGUCAGCCACAGCUUUGUUGCAAAAAGCUGCACAAAUUGGGACAACUUCAUCGGACCCAUCAUCAUUAUUCCUUGCGAGCAUAGGUUUGAAAUGCAACAGUCCAGGCCAAGAUGGGAACAAAUUUUGUGGCAUGUACGGUUCAAGUUCAGUACUCACAAGUCAUUGGAGUGAGGCAGAGAAUAAUAAUAAUAAUAAUAAUAAUCAUAAUCAUUCGGGUGAUUUGUCACAAAUGCCCCCUACAAAACGACUCCACGUACAGAAUGAAGAGAGUGCAUGGGGACAGACUAGGGAUUUUCUUGGUGUUGGUGCUGCCAACCAUUUGCCACCCUUCAUCAAUCAACGGAUGGAUUUGAGUUGAUAUCAUGCAAUCAAAUGUGAAGUUAUUUUUCUUUUUAUUUCUUUCUUUUUUGUCAUCAACGAAAGGGAACAUAUGAUAAUAAAUGCCAAUGGUGGAUGAGGUUGGAAUUAGUAGGAAAAAAUAAGAAUAUAUUUAUCUUGAAACUUUGCAAGGAGGAAAAAAGGUGGGAAUUGAGUGCUUGAUGGAGGCUGAAAAGUUGUUAUAAAAACUAUUGAAGGGGUGAAAUUAAAGAAGAGAUACCAUGCAUAUUCUUUUGAAUCCUGAAAGCUAAGCCCUUUUUAAAAAAUGGGGUGCUUUAAUUUUUUGGAUAAAGGGGAGGGGGAGGGGUUUGUGGAGUAGUGGGGGCAAAGGAUAGGGCCGCUUUUGGACUCCAUUAUUUGCUCAGUUUCAUCUCCGUUGUUGUUGUGGUUGUUGCAUGUCAAACUGAACUCAAAAGAGAGAAUUUCCAAUGACAAAAAAAGCAUGAUUCUAUAGUACGAAUAGGCUUUUAACCUGUUGAUUAUUAUAAAAUAAUAAGAUGAUGUACCCUUUCAUUAAUAUUCGAUCAACAAUAUGCAUAUGCAUACAUGCA